AUGUUAUCUAACGUGUCUUCUCUUGCAGCAGGGCUCCGAGAGGCCACCGUGUAUUGGGAUGCGGCCCAGAAGAGCGUGGUGUUGAGGGAGGGGGUGAUGGAGGCUGAUGGGGGAGCUUACGGUUUCUUCAAUGACUCUCUGCUCCUGACGGGAUGGGGCGUCCUGGAGAUUUGUGCUGGGUGUGGGACACAGGCAAAGUCAGAAGAUGAGACCACCCUGUUUUUGGCAGGGUACCUGGAAGGAUUCCUCACAGCUGAGCAGAUGUCCAGCCACUUCUCCAACAUGUUUCCACAGAUCGUCAGAGAUGAAAAUGUGUUAAACUCCAUCAAACGCUUUCUAAACACCUUGUUCUACAGUAAGCAGGAGCUGUGGGCCCGGGAGCAGGUGAAGCAGAGGCGACACUCGGACCCUCUGUGGCACCAUAUGGGACUGGUCCUGGCUCAGCUGGACGGCCUCCAGGCUGGAGCUGCACACUGGGCCAAGAGUAAACAGAGAGAGCCGCUGUCCGUGCUCUCGGUCCAGCUCCUGAACAGCAUCGGGGACCUGCUGGAUCUGGUCCCAGCCUUCACCCCACGCUCCAACUCCUCCUCGGGGCCAGCGGAGUUUAGGACCACAGGGAUGGGCCACUGCACUGCUCUGAUAAAGGUUCUUCCAGGCUUUGAGAACGUUCUCGUGGGUCACUCCAGCUGGUACACUUACGCCGCCACCAUGAGAAUCCACAAACACUGGGACUUCAAGCUUUCCGACCCCUACUACGCCGCAGGGAAGAUGUCCUUUAGCAGCUACCCAGGUCUGCUCUCCUCCCUGGACGACUUCUACCUGUUGGGCAGUGGGCUCCUGAUGACCCAGACCUCCAUCUCAGUCUUUAACUCGUCUCUAUUCUCGUCGCUGCGGCCGCACAGCCUGCUGGCCUGGCACCGCGUCCGCCUCGCCAACGCCCUGGCCCGCACCGGCCCGCAGUGGGCACAGGUCUUCUCCAAGUUCAACUCAGGUACGUACAACAGUCAGUACAUGGUCCUGGACCUCGGCAGAGUCACUCUCCGCCACAGCAUCAGAGAAGGAGCCCUGACCGUGGUGGAACAGAUCCCGGGGAAAGUCAUGCACUCGGAGCAGACUCAGGCUUUGCGCAGAGGUUAUUGGCCGUCGUACAACAUACCGUUCCAUGCAGAGAUCUACAACCUGAGCGGCUUCGUAGUCAUGUGGCGGAGAUUCGGUGAAGACUUUUCCUACGAUCUUUCGCCUCGCGCCAAAAUCCUGCGCAGGGACCAGGCCAGAGUCCACAACCUGGACUCGCUCAAGCAGCUCAUGAGAUACAACAAUUACAAAAGGGAUCCGUACACGAGAGGACAUCCGUGUAAAAGCAUCUGUUGCCGUAACGACCUGAGGCAGAGGAGGCCACGCCCCGGAGGCUGCUACGACACAAAGGUGACGGACUUCCAGAUGGCGCUCCAGCUGGCGGUGGAGGCGGUGAACGGGCCCACCACACAGGGGGGUCUGCCGCCGUUCUCGUGGCGAUCCUUCAAUCUCACCGCUCACCACGGACUCCCGCAGAUUUAUAACUUCAGUUUUGUGAGAUUGAAGCCUUCUCUGUCACGGCCGUAG